AUGCUGGGGAAGCUCUUCAACUUGGGCACCGGGAGUGCUACAGGUGCUUCUGGCCCUCCGCACACCAACUACAACAACAGCAACAAUCUCAACAACGAUGCCACUUGCAAAGACUCACCACAGUCCCUUGAAUCUAUGCAGGAGGAUAUCCACACUCGCAACCUCUUAUUUCCCGACACGGAAGCUCUGUACCAACAUCGGAAUGAUCAAGUCUUUCCUCUGUCUAUGGUCUCUGCUCUUCCUUUGGCGUCAAUAGCCAGUGCCUUCGACUACGAUGGCGAUAUUGACCUCGAUGCCCGCCACGUCCGUCUCCUCAUCAUGCAGGACGCCGUUGCUUCCUUGCCUGCACAGCUUCUCUUCGACAGCCAUCCUGCACCACCAAAGCCGCCCUCCACCACACCUGGAGAACGACCAGCAACAGGCAUCGGAACCGUGCAAGACUCCUAUCGGGGUCCUACUUCGCCCAGGAAGAGCAGCCUGAACCAGACAUCGCGGCCUCUCGUGAUCCAACCCGACAGUCCUCAACCCCGCCAGGGUGCUUUUGAUCGCAGGGCCUCGAUGCAGGGCCGAACUCAAUCUCAGGCUGAGACAGACCUCCAGCGCGCACGUAGGGAGUACAAUGAUGAGAUCCAUGCCUUUGCCGGCUCCGUUUUUGGCAACUCAGAGUUGAUGGCCUACAAAGGCACUUCAACAAAAGUCCACAUUGUCCCGACCGAAAACCGCCCAGAGUAUGGAGGUUCCUACCUCGGUGAUGGCCGCGGCUCCAUUGGCAGGUCAAGCAUGCGAUCCAGCAGACUGGCACAGUCCUACACAUCGGACAACGUCUCACCCAUGCAACCACCACAGUCCUUCACCUCCUCUGCACCCAACACACGCAGUCCGCCAGAGAGGAGAAAGAUCCUCAUCACACGACUAUUCCCCGUCUUGCUUCCCAGCGACGACGACACACAGAGUGAUACCCCCUUGAGCCGUUUCUCGGACCAUAACACGGGAUUUCCGUUCCCGCAGUCUGCCGACGAGGCAAAUGCCCCCAAGAAAAAGAAGCCGCAGCCCAAGCAAAAGCGCACGCCGAUGUACGCAGUUGUGUUGGUGGUUCAGCUGCCACCCAACUCGGGGCCGAUGGCCCCUCCCUCCACCAUCAGAUCGACUUUCCGCGGCGCCAGCUCCUACACGGACCAAGACUCGUUCCCUUCUUCUAUGAAUUCGGCUCGCCGCUCCGCCUGGACCAUGUCUGGGUCCGGGUUCCCCAUCGACUCGAUGGAGUCAUCUUGCUCGACCGACGUGGACGACAGAAUGGACACCGUCACGCAGCAGUGGGAUAUUAUCAUGCGAACAUUGACACAUCUACAGGGAGUGGUUGCCACCACGCUUGGCGUUUUGCUGAAACAAGCCGACAUCACCUCGCCGGAUCCUUAUCCGAAUUCGGUGUCUUCAUAUGUCGGCAGAGCUCCAUCUAUAAGCGGGAGGAGGAAUGAGGAGCCUCAUUUCAUCAAGCCUCCCAAAACCAAUGCCAAGGUCAUAGCUUUGCAGCCCCUUUGUUUACAGAACGACGAUAACAUCAUACAAGAGGCCAACUCUGCCAGGAUCCGGAUCGUCACGGGUCUCCGCGCCCAACGCGUCAUCACAGCACAGGGGAGGUGGGGCAUUUGGAGGGACGAAGCAAGAUGGAUGGCGAGGAAGGCCGGCGAGAAGGAGCAUGGAUUUUUCUUCUUCAACCUCUUGACCGGGUUUCUUGCGACGCACACCGAUUGGUUGAACGCCAUGAGCCCAGCAUGGUACCGACGAAAGCACUAUCAACAACAAAAGGCAAAGGGCGAAGACGACCUCUCGUUGCCAGCACGGACAGUCAUCAUCGCUUCAGACAAGAUGCUCGCACGACGCCUCAUCUUUCUCCUUUCCGCAUUCCUCCCAUCUCACCAACAUCUCUCGGCCAAGACCCACCGGCCGAGCACCUCCGCUUCCUUUGGAGCGUUUUCUCAGUCGCCCCCUUCACUAAUCAUCCCCAUCCUCCGUGAAGAAUCGUUGCGACGUAAAAUCAAUAGACGGACGGGCCCUAGACGCAUCUCCCAUUCUCGUACAGUCAGCCAGAGUACACGUGCCUCCGGGGUUCCCCCUCAGCUCGCGCAUUUGAGCAUGGAGGGCCAUCAUGAGAGGCGUGUUUCGGAUGCUGCUUCGAUACGGUCGAAUCUGCCUAUCCCAGGCAACGACCAGGUCAGCCGAAAGAGCAGCGCGGCAACGACCACAACGAUCACCCCUGAGACAACCAUCCCGCACUUUACAACCGCUCAAAGGUUUGAGAACCGGCGAAGCCUUCGACCUGGUAGCAGUGGCAGUGUCGCGGCCGACGAUCUGAAGAGAACAUUAAAACGAGGCGAGAGUUCGGGACACGUGAGCUCAGCCAGCACAGACUCCCGUGUAUCAAGCUCGCGUUGGGGCAGCGUCAUCAGCACCCUUUGGAACGGCAAGAGGAGAGACUCGACAGGCCUCACCACCCCAAGUCAUCCCUACGGUAGCAACCCUACGUCUCCAACCAAGUCCACCCAGGGAGGGCGCCGGGACAAGCUAGCAGAUAUGGUCAGGGAAGUCAGGACCGAGGGAUAUCGUCGAACGGAUGAUCGCAGCUACAACACAGUGGGCAACGGCAACGGGCCCGCAACUCCUCGAGGUUUCGAUGACCAGAUCAUCGACGAUCCGAUUGAGAGAGUUGCUUUCCCUGAGCGGGUUCCCGAUCCCAGCGGCGACUUCCAGUCGCCUGUCAAGACAUCAAUCAAUGCCGAGGAUGGAGUCAUAGAUGUUGACAUCCCCUUCCCCGACUACAUCACUUCCUUCGAGACUGCCGUCAGCUCGCCGUCGAGCAGCGGUUACCUGUCCACACCUGGCAUUGGCAACGGGUUGGAAGGCUUCGAACAGUUUUCCCGUGUCACGAUUGACGGCGACUCUCCGAUGAAUGUCGCAGGAUUCCUUCAACAAUAUCAUCAGGAUUUCAUUCUGCAGGCAGUUCCCCCACAAGAUACUCUUAUGGAAGACAUCAGAAAGUCGAUGAGAGCCGAGCCGACCCCGUUCGUCACGCAACCAUUUUAUUCAACCGAGCAACCUGCCGACCGCUGGGUUGAUGUCAGCAGCGCUCUGAUUGCAGACACGACGACGCACACGAUCAACAGGAUCCGCUAUCGUCGACUCAUUCGACCUAAGCCGUUCAUAGAUAGAUCGGCUCCUCUGGGCUCCGCGGGCUCGAGCGCCUACGGUGCUGCUCCGAUGACCCCUUCGAUUGUCCCAUAUGAAACACAGCUAGACGACGAGUUCAUUGAGGAGCCGAUUGCUAGUCUUGACGAGGUCCUGAUUGAGGCUGUUGAGAGAGUGAUUGCACAGAGCAAUGAAGUGAGCAAGCAGAGUUCCUCAAACUCAUCCCGGUCGACGAGCAAGAGACGGGACCGUAGCAAUAGCGAGGCAUCGGUCUCGGUGGACUCUCACCAUACCACCCGCAUCCCGAUGGCAUCCCAAGAAGUUCCUCGAGACCAGUGUAAGACAGUGGUAUUGUCCGCUCUGGACGAAAUCAUUCGCGAUGUUAUCGAGGAGCGGGACCACGACACGCCUGACGCCACCAUCCACGCGGUCGACCGUGACCGCGAGAGUACUCUCCGAGAAGCUGUCCGAGUCUGGCUCGAUGCUGUCGACUCUAGCGAACAAAUAUAA